UCUCUCUCUCUCUCUCUCGACGUUUUCAAGCUCUCCCCAUUGACGCUCUGCCCCUCCCACGCUCCCACUUCCCUCGAAACAGUGGGCGACGGGACCAAAGGCCUUGUCGUCUUAUGCCUGCUUUGUCAAAAAUCACAUACCAAACGAAGGAUGCCAUAGGCCCCGCAUCGCGGGCGGAGGAGAAGAAGUGGCCUGCUCGCGUACUCGUUUGGCCAUUUUAACCUCCUCCUGAGCCUUCGCGUUCAUGGUGGUGGUAGUGGUGACGCUUGAAACUUUUUCGGCCUGGCGAGCUAACGGUUCGUUUCCUGGGUGCUUCUUUGUCCAAGCGAAACGCCAAGCCUGAGGCAUUGAAACUCCCAGCUCCAUCCUCAUGGGAAUGAUGACAGCAUCUUCGUAUCCAAUCUCUCAUGAAGCUUCCAAUUAUGAUGAGGUCUCUAUGCAGCAGAGCUUGCUCUUCUCGGAUAGUCUCAAGGAUUUAAGAAAUCUGAGGACACAACUAUACUCAGCAGCUGAGUAUUUUGAAAUGUCAUAUACCAAUGAUGACCAAAAACAAAUAGUGGUAGAAACAUUAAGAGAUUAUGCCAUAAAAGCUCUUGUGAAUACUGUGGAUCACUUAGGUUCUGUUACUUACAAGGUUAAUGAUCUCCUUGAUGAAAAGGUUGAUGAGGUUUCUGGCACAGAGUUUCGUGUAUCUUGCAUUGAGCAGAGACUUCGAACAUGCCAAGAGUAUAUAGAUCGUGAGGGCCGCUCCCAGCAGUCUCUGGUUAUCGAUACCCCCAAGUACCACAAGCGGUAUAUUUUACCAGUUGGAGAGACAAUGCGCGGUUCUGAUGGUAGUAAAUUAAAGUAUGGUUGCAGCCUGGAUGAUGAGGAUGACUGGCAUCAGUUUAAACAUGCUAUCCGAGCCACCAUAACAGAUACUCCUACUCAGUCUAUUCCCAGUAAAGGUCGCUCUCCAUCACCAUCUCCUCGACCUCCUCAGCGAUCUGGAAUGUUUUCUUUUACCUCCACCAUGCCUAAAAAAGAAUUAGAUAAACGGACAGUGUCACCAAACCGAUUCCCACUCUUGCGUUCCGGAUCACUCUCAAGCAGACAGGGGACUCCGAACUCGAGUCGGCCGACUACCCCCAACCCUAGUAGGCCAACCACUCCAAAUCUUUCUAUUGUAGGUCGUCAAGUAAGUUAUCCUUCAGAGCCGAGAAAAUCUUCUUCAAUGCGAUUGCAUGCCGAGAAGGAGAAUGGUAAGGGGAUCGAUCGACACCCCAGCAAAAGUAAACGUCUACUCAAGGCUUUGCUUAGUCGCCGCAAGUCGAAGAAGGAUGACAUGCUAUAUACUUACUUGGAUGAAUAUUGAGGGAUAGAGGAUCAUGAAACAAAGAAAGGGCACAGAUGCAGAGGAAGGAGUAUCCAAUUGAUUUUUCUUCCUUUUUUUCUUCUUUUUCUAAGCCAUGUCCUUGUCUGAUAAAUUUAUUUUUCCAGCAAUGAUUUUUGGGUUUUCACAAUCACGGUAUGUAGCAAUCAGUUUUCUUAUGUAUGCUUACAGCACAGCCUCGUGUUAUGGUAUGUUGCCUCUACAAUUUUACAUGACCACCCAAUGAGCAGUUCCUUUUUGUAAGUAUCACCGUUACAUCA